AUGGGGCACCUGCCCGCGAGCACCCGCUGCGGCCGCCGCCUCCUGCCUCUGCUCGGGCUCUUUGUGCUGCUCAAGAAUGCUACAACACUCCACGUAACUGUUCAAGAUGAAAAUAGCAUCGCUGUCUCUUUAGAUGCUUCAGAUGUCACAAGCCCAUCAUCUGUGUAUGUUGUGAAGAUAACUGGUGAAUCAAAAAGUUACUUUUUCGAAUUUGAGCAGUUCAACAGCACCCUGCCUCCUCCUGUUAUCUUUAAGGCCAAUUAUCACGGCCUCUAUUAUAUAAUCACUCUGGUAGUGGUAAAUGGGCAUGCCGUUACCAAGCCAUCCAGAUCAAUCACUGUGUUAACAAAACCUCUCCCUGUAACUAGUGUUUCAAUAUAUGACUAUAAACCUUCACCUGAAACAGGAGUCCUGUUUGAAAUUCAUUAUCCAGAAAAAUAUAAUGUCUUCACAAGAGUAAACAUAAGCUAUUGGGAAGGUAAAGACUUCCGGACAAUGUUAUAUAAAGAUUUUUUAAAGGGAAAAACAGUAUUUAAUCAUUGGCUGCCAGGAAUAUGUUAUAGUAAUAUCACCUUUCAGCUGGUAUCUGAGGCAACUUUUAACAAAAGUACUCUCGUCGAGUACAGUGGUGUCAGUCAUGAACCCAAACAGCAUAGAACUGCCCCUUAUCCACCUCGAAACAUCUCAGUUCGUAUUAUAAACUUGAACAAAAACAAUUGGGAAGAAGAGAGUGGCAGUUUCCCAGAGGACUCCUUCCUGAGGCCACAAGACACAGCGGGAAGAGACAAACUCCUCCGUUUUACAGAUGAAACUCCUGACACUCCCUCUGGCAACAUUUCUUCUGGUUGGCCUGAUGUUAACAGCAGUGACUAUGAAACUACCCCCCAGCCAUACUGGUGGGACAGUAUGUCUGCCACUCCGGAAGGCGAAGACGACUUUGCCAGGGUGCUUCCCUUGGGAUACGAAAACGACACACUCAGCGAGACCGAGAAGCCAACGUCAGGCUCCUCCUCAUCAUUCCCGGUGCAGAUGAUACUGAGCUGGUUGCCACCAAAGCCACCCACUGCCUUUGACGGAUUCCACAUCCACAUAGAAAGAGAAGAAAACUUUACUGAACAUUUGACAGUGGCUGAAGAAGCACAGGAAUUUGUUACAGAACUGAAGGAGCCUGGGAAGUAUAAGUUAUCUGUGACAACCUUUAGUUCCUCAGGAUCUUGUGAAACUCGAAAAAGUCAGUCAGCAAAAUCACUCAGUUUUUAUAUCAGUCCUUCAGGAGAGUGGAUUGAGGAACUCACCGAGAAGCCCCAACAUGUGAGUGUCCAUGUUCUAAGCUCAACCACCGCCUUGAUGUCCUGGACAUCCUCCCAAGAGAACUACAAUGGCACCAUUGUGUCUGUGGUGUCCCUCACCUGCCAGAAACAAAAGGAGAGCCAGAGGCUGGAAAAGCAGUACUGCUCGCAGGUGAACUCAAGCAAAUCUGUUAUUGAAAAUCUGGUUCCUGGUGCCCAAUACCAGGUUGUGAUGUACCUAAGAAAAGGCCCUUUGAUUGGACCACCUUCAGAUCCUGUGACAUUUGCCAUUGUUCCAACCGGAAUAAAGGAUUUAAUGCUGUACCCCUUGGGCCCCACAGCAGUGGUUUUGAGCUGGACCAGACCCUACUUAGGAGUGUUCAGGAAAUAUGUGGUUGAAAUGUUUUAUUUCAAUCCCACAACCAUGACAUCAGAGUGGACAACCUACUAUGAAAUAGCAGCGACUGCCUCCUUAACUGCAUCAGUGAGAAUAGCUAAUCUGUUGCCAGCGUGGUACUACAACUUCCGAGUGACCAUGGUGACAUGGGGAGACCCAGAACUGAGCUGUUGUGACAGUUCCACCAUCAGCUUCAUUACAGCCCCAGUUGCUCCAGAAAUCACUUCUGUGGAAUAUUUCAACAGUCUGUUAUAUAUCAGUUGGACAUAUGGGGAUGACACAACUGAUCUCUCCCAUUCUAGAAUGCUCCAUUGGAUGGUGGUUGCAGAAGGAAAGAAGAAAAUUAAAAAGAGUGUAACACGCAAUGUCAUGACUGCAAUUCUCAGCCUGCCUCCAGGAGAUAUCUACAAUCUCUCCGUAACUGCGUGCACUGAAAGAGGAAGUAAUACCUCCAUGCUCCGCCUUGUCAAGCUAGAACCAGCUCCUCCGAAGUCACUCUUUGCGGUGAAUAAAACCCAAACUUCGGUGACGCUGCUGUGGGUGGAAGAGGGGGUAGCUGACUUCUUCGAAGUCUUCUGUCAACAAGUUGGCUCUGGUCAGGAAACAAAACUGCAGGAACCGAUUUCUGUUUCUUCUCAUGUUGUGACCAUCUCCAGCCUUCUUCCUGCCACUGCCUACAACUGUAGUGUCACCAGCUUUAGCCACGACAGCCCCAGUGUCCCCACAUUUAUAACCGUCUCAACAAUGGUUACAGUGAUGAAUCCCAAUGUGGUAGUCAUCUCAGUACUGGCCAUUCUUAGCACCCUGCUGAUUGGAUUGCUGCUGGUCACACUGAUCAUUCUCAGGAGAAAGCAUCUGCAGAUGGCUAGGGAGUGUGGAGCGGGAACUUUUGUCAAUUUUGCGUCCUUGGAGAGGGAUGGAAAGCUUCCAUACAACUGGCGUAGGAGUAUAUUUGCUUUCCUAACCCUGCUACCUUCAUGUCUUUGGACUGAUUAUCUUUUGGCAUUUUAUAUUAAUCCUUGGAGUAAAAAUGGUUUAAAGAAGAGAAAACUGACUAACCCGGUUCAACUGGACGACUUUGACGCCUACAUCAGGGAUAUGGCCAAAGACUCUGACUAUAAAUUUUCUCUUCAAUUCGAGGAGUUGAAAUUGAUUGGACUGGAUAUUCCACACUUUGCUGCAGACCUUCCACUGAACCGAUGUAAAAAUCGUUACACAAACAUCCUACCAUAUGACUUUAGCCGAGUGCGAUUAAUCUCCAUGAACGAAGAGGAAGGAGCAGACUACAUCAAUGCCAACUACAUUCCUGGAUACAACUCAUCCCAGGAGUAUAUUGCCACCCAGGGGCCACUGCCUGAAACCAGAAAUGACUUCUGGAAGAUGGUCCUCCAGCAGAAGUCUCAGAUUAUUGUCAUGCUCACUCAGUGCAAUGAGAAGAGGAGGGUGAAAUGUGACCAUUACUGGCCGUUCACGGAAGAGCCCAUCACUUAUGGAGACAUCACUGUGGAGAUGGUCUCGGAGGAAGAGCAGAAUGACUGGGCCUGCAGACACUUCCGGAUCAUCUACGCGGACGAGAUGCAGGACGUGACGCAUUUUAACUACACUGCGUGGCCUGAUCACGGUGUGCCCACAGCCAACGCUGCAGAAAGCAUCCUGCAGUUUGUGCACGUGGUCCGACAGCGAGCCACCAAGAGCAGAGGCCCCAUGAUCGUGCACUGCAGCGCUGGCGUCGGCCGGACAGGAACGUUCAUCGCCCUGGACAGGCUCUUGCAGCACAUUCGGGAGCACGAGUUUGUCGACAUCUUAGGGCUGGUGUCAGAAAUGAGGUCAUACCGGAUGUCCAUGGUACAGACAGAGGAGCAGUACAUUUUCAUCCAUCAGUGCGUGCAGCUGAUAUGGACGAAGAAGAAGCAGCAGUUCUGCAUCAGUGACGUCAUCUACGAGAAUGUCAGCAAGUCCUAG